CGGUGUCUGGGGGCGAUGGCGGCGACUGAGCUGCGGGGAGUGGUGGGGCCCGGCCCAGCGAUGGGUGCCGCGCCGGGCGGCGGAGGCUCGGGGCCGGCCGCAGCUGGAGGAGGAGGACGCGGCGACUCUGGGCCCGGGCCCGGAGUAGCUCCGGGCCCCGCGGCGGCCGCGUCGGGAGGAGGCUCCGGGCCAGGGCCGGGCCCCGUGGCCACGGCUGGGGGAGGAUCGGCGGCCGGCCCCGCCCCGGCUCCGCCCACGGGGGGCUCGGGCGGCGGGGCGGGGGGCUCAGGCUCCGGCUCGGCCCGGGAGGGCUGGCUCUUCAAGUGGACCAAUUACAUCAAGGGCUACCAGCGGCGCUGGUUCGUGCUGAGCAACGGGCUCCUCAGCUACUACAGAUCAAAGGCAGAAAUGCGUCACACCUGCCGAGGAACCAUCAACCUGGCCACUGCCAAUAUCACUGUGGAGGAUUCCUGCAACUUCAUCAUCUCUAAUGGUGGGGCUCAGACCUACCACCUGAAGGCCAGCUCAGAAGUAGAGCGUCAGCGCUGGGUGACAGCCUUGGAACUGGCUAAGGCGAAGGCUGUGAAGAUGCUGGCAGAGUCAGAUGAAUCAGGAGAUGAAGAGUCGGUCUCUCAAACUGAUAAGACAGAACUGCAGAAUACCCUCCGGACCCUCUCCAGCAAAGUGGAGGAUCUGAGCACCUGCAAUGACCUGAUCGCCAAGCACGGCACGGCUCUCCAGCGAUCCCUCAGUGAGCUCGAGUCCCUUAAGUUGCCUGCUGAGAGUAAUGAAAAGAUCAAGCAGGUCAACGAACGUGCCACGCUCUUCAGGAUCACGUCGAAUGCCAUGAUUAAUGCUUGCAGGGACUUCCUGAUGUUGGCCCAGACGCAUAGCAAGAAAUGGCAGAGGUCUCUGCAGUAUGAAAGAGACCAGCGCAUCCGCCUGGAGGAGACCUUGGAGCAGCUGGCCAAACAGCAUAACCACCUGGAGAGGGCUUUCCGAGGGGCCACGGUGCUGCCAGCGAGUGUCCCUGGCAGUGCCGGUUCUGUGAAAGAUCAGAUCUGUUCUGGCAAAGGAGAUAUGAGUGACGAAGACGACGACAAUGAAUUCUUUGAUGCACCUGAGAUCAUCACCAUGCCUGAGAGCUUGGGUCACAAACGGACUGGUAGCAACAUCAGUGGGGCCAGCAGUGACAUCAGCCUGGAUGAACAGUAUAAACAUCAGCCAGAAGAGACGAAGAAGGAAAAAAGAACACGAAUUCCCUAUAAGCCAAACUACAGCCUCAAUUUAUGGAGUAUAAUGAAGAACUGUAUUGGAAAGGAACUCUCCAAGAUCCCAAUGCCAGUGAACUUUAAUGAGCCCCUGUCCAUGCUCCAGCGCCUCACUGAAGAUUUAGAGUAUCAUGAACUGUUAGACCGAGCUGCAAAAUGUGAGAACUCCCUGGAACAGCUGUGUUAUGUGGCGGCUUUCACCGUGUCCUCCUACUCCACUACUGUCUUCCGUACUAGCAAGCCAUUCAACCCACUCCUGGGGGAGACCUUUGAGCUGGACCGACUUGAGGAGAAUGGUUAUCGCUCCCUCUGUGAACAGGUGAGCCACCAUCCUCCUGCUGCUGCACACCAUGCCGAAUCCAAAAAUGGCUGGACAUUACGACAGGAAAUCAAAAUCACCAGCAAGUUCCGUGGCAAAUAUCUGUCCAUCAUGCCCCUCGGUAGCAUCCAUUGUAUCUUCCAUGCCACUGGUCAUCACUACACUUGGAAAAAAGUCACCACGACAGUGCACAACAUUAUUGUGGGCAAAUUGUGGAUAGAUCAGUCUGGUGAGAUUGACAUUGUGAAUCACAAGACAGGAGACAAGUGCAAUCUCAAGUUUGUUCCUUACAGCUACUUUUCCCGAGAUGUGGCCCGGAAGGUUACAGGGGAAGUCACAGACCCAUCAGGAAAAGUACACUUUGCCCUUCUGGGAACCUGGGAUGAGAAAAUGGAUUAUUUCAAAGUUCUCCCCACCAACGGGGAUAACGGGGGUGACAGUCGGCAAAGAAGCCACGAAUUGGAGGAAAGCAGGGUCAUGCUGUGGAAAAGGAACCCGCUGCCGAAGAAUGCAGAGAACAUGUACUACUUCUCUGAACUUGCCCUAACUCUCAAUGCAUGGGAGAGUGGCACGGCCCCCACGGACAGCCGCCUGAGGCCUGACCAGAGACUGAUGGAGAAUGGACGCUGGGAUGAAGCCAACGCAGAGAAGCAGCGCCUAGAGGAGAAGCAGCGUCUUUCCAGGAAGAAGAGAGAAGCCGAGGCUGUGAAAGCCACUGAGGAUGGCACUCCGUAUGACCCUUACAAGGCCCUGUGGUUUGAGAGGAAAAAGGACCCUGUUACCAAGGAGUUAACCCAUAUUUAUAGAGGAGGAUACUGGGAAAGUAAAGAAAAACAGGACUGGAGCUCAUGCCCAGACAUUUUCUGAAAUUACAGGAACAAGAGGGAGGAGGAUCAGAGGGGAAGAGGACAAAGGUUGGGAGAGAAAGCCAGCCAUUCUGACUUCCUUACCUAGUGCUUUCCUCAAGGUUGUCUUUCUUAACCAAUCAUUUGUUCCAAAGCAAUCACCAGGAGCAGAAGCCCUGGGGGUGGUGAUUGAUUGGCUGUGAUGCCUUAUCUGAUUGAACCUGACGUUGACAUACUAGAUCCCUGUGUUUGUAGGGGAGAGGUUGGGGAGCCGGGAGUUAGCAUUAUUCGUACCUACAGGUAUCUCUGUCUUUGACUCUCCCUCCUCCCUUUUACCCCAUUUGAAAUAAUGCCACCUCUAGUCCUAUCCUAGCAACAGUAUCUCACUCAGCCAAGAGACAUGUGAGGUGAGUAUGUGGAUUAGAGGUAUCUUGGUGCUGCCAAGAGCAAGCUCUGAUAUUAGAAGUUCCUUUUUUUUUAAAAUGCAAGUGAGAAUCUCUGUGGGCGACAUCUGUAAUGACUGUACUUGGGGCUCGGUGCCUCUUUUUAAUAAGAGUUCUCCAAGGCAGGCUAAGUUUUAGAGGGCCAGGGGGCAUGCCAUGCAUACCCAAGAGCUGACUGCUGUCAGAUCAAAGUACCUAGUGGGAGAGUUCACUUGUAAGUAGGAGGGGGGCAGCCACCCAAGCUCCUUUUAUUGGUGGCAGUUUGUCUUCAUCCACGUGGACCUCCCCUUGACUGCUCUCCAUCUUUUGGGCUACAUAGCAGCUGGCUGCCACUUUGGCCAUCGGUAGGAGGGGGCUAAUUGUACUUGUCACUUUGGGGGCUGCUUGGACUUCUGCAGCUGAGAACUUUUCCUGAGAAGGUAAGAAGGGCCAGAGCAAGACUUCCAGCUGUUCUGCUCUCUGUAUCACUCCUCACCCAUAUCCCGAUUGCCUUCUGUGCUUCAGCUUUCUCUCCUGGCAGUAGGCUGCUAUGGGGUCUGUGUUCCAGUGUGGAGCAGGACUUUGCCUGUUUUCUGACAUAUUUUGGAAUGAGAGAGACAGGGAGUAAAUGAUCUCUGGAAAGUCUUUCCACCAUCUGUCUCAAGCCCCAUGGACUGGAGCCACCUCUUGAAUAAUUUGUUAAAUAUCUGUAUAUUAUAUAUAUGUAGAGAAAAAUCUAAUUUUUCUGUUUUGAUUUUCCUCCCUUUCAUUAAGAAUCUUUUUUUUUUUUUUAAUCCACCCCACUCUGGGACUCUUUGCAUUGAGCAUAUAUUGAUGUAGAUUUCAUAUUCUGUUUUCCCACCUCCGAUGAGGCAGGAAGAUUUUAAAGCUGGUCAGGAUCAUGUGUGGCUGUUAGGGAACAGGGGAAGGUUCUCAUGGCUCAUUUCAUGAGGUACCCAUAAUCUCUGAACGCUGGUAAAUACCCUUAUUGCCCUGCUCUCAAAAUUGAAAUCCUUCACCCCUCCUUUCCCUGCUUGGAAGUUCUGCAGCUGUGAGGCCCCAAGAGCGACUUCUAGUUGGCCUUGGCCUGUGCGCUGGGAAGAAGACGGAGGCAAGGUCCCUAGAUCGCUCCAUGGGGGUGUGAGAGAUCUGCUGCUGUUUUCUCUUGCCUUCCUUCCCUGCUGUUUUAUUUUGUGUCCUUUGUCUCUCCCAGAAAACCUUCCACAGCCUUUCCCAUCCCUCCCCCACCCAACACCACCCACCCCUGGUUGAGGAUCACACUGAGGUGCCUUCCUUGUAUGCUUUUGUUGGUGUUUUUGAUUCUGUUCCUUAACAAAUGAGCCUCAGCCAGUGGGGGUAUUGGCUGGGGAGGGUUGGGGAGAACGGUGUGUGGUAUAGGUCAUUUCAGAGGAAACCACCACUCCAUUGAAAUGGAGUUCGUGCUUCCUUCCCAGCUUUGACGGGCAUAACAGAAGGGUGGUUGGGGGACUUCCUCCAACAUGCCCCAUUCCCAGAGCAGGGAAAGUAAUAUAUAGGCGAUGGAUCAAGUGAGUGGUUUAAGCAGAAGGCUUCAGAAUGGGCAUUCCUCAGCUACACCAGCCCCGUGGCCUACCGUCUCUUCCCCUGCGGCCCACAUUCUAUUUCUAGGUUUGGUACUGAGUCAGAAUCUGAUUCCUGCCAGUGGGAGAGGCUUCAAGUCCUACAGGUGGAAUAAAGGCAGAUUUAAAACAAAACAAAACUAUAAUUAUAUUUUUGGGUUUUUUUGCAUUAUUGCCUUUUUCCAAGAA